CAAGAACUGGGCAAAAGCAACUGGUCUGUGAGAGUCCAGGAUGGGGAACUGGGCUGUCAACCACUGGUUUCCAGCCCUGGUAAUCGCUGCUUGGUUAGCACUGAAUGCAUACCUUUUUGUGACGUAUUUCCUGAUAUUUGAGAAAAGUGAACAGUACUAUUACACCAGGCAGAUUCUUGGGUCUGCAUUGGCUUGGGCUCGGGCUUCGGCCAAGUGUCUCAACUUCAAUAGUAUGUUGAUCCUGUUGCCCAUUUGCCGGAAUCUCCUCUCUUUCGUGAGAGGCACCUGUCGGUGUUGCAGACGGACCAUGAGACGGCAGCUGGAUUACAAUCUGGCCUUCCAUAAACUGGUGGCUUACAUGAUUGUUGUUCAUACAGCGAUUCACACCAUUGCUCAUUUGUGCAACGUUGAGUGGUACAUCGAUGCUCAGCAGAAAGCGGAUGACAGCUUGCCUUCGAUCCUGUCCCAGCUUCAUAAGAAGAAUGAUUUGUGGGUAAAUCCUAUCCAUUCCAACACUACGAUUCCUUUAUAUGUAGCCUUCACCACCAUUCCGGGCUUGACAGGUGUGAUCAUCACUUUGGCGCUUAUUCUCAUGAUCACUUCUUCCAUGGAACAAAUCCGCCGAAGCUACUAUGAAGUCUUCUGGUACACCCACCAUCUCUUUGUCAUCUAUUUUGCUGGCCUCGUCAUCCAUGGCAUCGCAGGCCUUGUUCGUGGGCAGACGGCUGAAAGUUUGACGAAGAACGACCCCGAGCAUUGUGCACACCACCCUAACCGGUGGGGCCAAAACAGCAGCCAUCAUCACUAUUGUGAAGUGCCUGAGUUUGGAAGUAUUCCAGCUGAGUCCUGGAAGUGGGUGCUGGCACCGAUUAUUCUCUAUGCGUUUGAGCGAGUCCUGAGGAUUUGGCGUUCCUGCCAGAAGGUGGUUAUUACAAAGGUCAUCAUGCAUCCCUCCAGAGUACUGGAAAUUCAGAUGUGCAAGGCUGGUUUUAGCAUGGAAAUCGGACAGUAUGUCUUCCUCAACUGCCCCGCCAUCUCCUAUCUAGAGUGGCAUCCGUUCACUCUCACCUCUGCCCCAGAGGAAGACUUCUUCUCGGUUCACAUUCGGGUGGCAGGUGACUGGACUGAGACUUUGAUUGACACCUUGCAGCAACCAAACUCACCGAUGCCCAGGAUGAUGGUGGAUGGUCCUUUUGGCACAGCCAGUGAGGAUGUCUUCCAGUAUGAGGUGGCCAUGCUGGUGGGAGCAGGGAUUGGGGUGACUCCCUUUGCUUCAGUACUGAAAUCCAUCUGGUACAAGUUCCAGCGUGGUGACCAGGAACUUCAAACCAGAAAGAUUUACUUCUACUGGGUUUGCAGAGAAACGGGAUCGUUUGCUUGGUUCAAGCACCUGCUUUCCUCCUUGGAGCAGGAGAUGGAGGGAUCUGGUAGAGCAGAUUUCCUGAGCUAUCAUCUCUACCUCACGGGCUGGAACAGAAGCAUGGUUGGCCACGCGGCUAUCCAUUUUCAGAAGUCCACUGACAUGGUGACAGGCCUGAGGCAAAAAACCUCUUUUGGGAGGCCCAUGUGGAAUAAUGAAUUCUCAGCAGUGGCUGCCGCACAUCCCAGGUCUGUUGUGGGUGUGUUCUUGUGUGGACCAGAGCAGAUGGCCAAAACGCUGAGAAAACACUGCAGUCAGCACUCUAGCCUGGAUCCCAGAAAUGUCCAGUUUUAUUUCAACAAGGAGAACUUUUGAAACGCCAAGACCCAAAUCAGAAGGGGGAAACUAUUAAACGCCUCACUGAAUUAAAUAAUGACUGUCAGAGCAGAGUUUGCAACUUUAACAAGCAAUGGACACUCCUUUCAAGUUUGCAUAUUGCCAGGAUAAUUAUUUUCUAUUUUUUUAAAAGUUUAAAUAGACAAAAUGUAAACUUAAAAAAAAAAUUGCCGGGAGCCAAAGGGCACUGAUGAAUUGGCACAUUGCACUGCCGUCUGACUAUUAUCGAUAAAAGCCUGGCUUUCUCUCUUUCAGUGAAUUGUGAUGUGAGGAUCAACUUUCAAUUUUUUUUUUUUAUUGCUUUCUGGCAAAAAGUGCAAGCUUUCUUGUAUUGACGACGGACAAUUCGGGGAGAAACGUUGAAAUAACCGAGCCUGAGAAGCGCUGUCUUUCCCAAAGCUGCAGUUAAAAAGAAUGACACAUUCAAACAUUUGAUUCUUGCUUCAUCCAGGAAACGCCCAUCUCCUAUUUUGACCGGGGUGUACUUAAAAUCCAUGCUGAUGUCACAUCUUCAGAGCUAUAAUCAAAUCCAAUCUUCUAUUCAACCAGAGAGUCAACAUUUCCCAGAUGUUGCCCUCAUUUUUUUUGUUUUGCAAGGGCUGCAGACUAUAUUCAAGCAAUCACUUUGCUCGGAGUGCUGUGAAUGGAUUCCUCUUGUGUUGGGGAAAUUGCAAGGGUGCGACAUGACAGGUGCAUAAACAGCAAUCUGAAAAGGAAUUAUCCCGAUGCUAAUGUUAAUGUUAAGGGCUGUAAUGGAUUCUGAGCAGCCUUUGAAUGGUGCAGUGUCAGGAAAAGGUUUCUCUGCAAUUCCCUUUCCUGUAUUAGAAUGCUACAUCAGCGGAGUUAUAAUGCUUACUGGGAGUUUAACUGCUGCUGGUUUGCAUGAACAGUCAAUUCUGAUUCCUCCAUGUGGGCAAUUCCUAGACACGCAAUUGAAAAUAUGAAUACAGCACAA